UCAAACAAUAUCGCCCCUUUAGUCUUUUUUUAAAUGUUUUUCCAGUGAUAACAAUAAAUUUGCUAUUCUUGUAUAAUGUAAAUCGAAACCAAUGAAUUCUUAUUACUUUAAAUGUGAUGGCUAUAUUUGAGAAAGAAUCUCAUUCCAAAGUUAUAUUAGAUGAUACAGAGAAACUUAUUUGUAUCAUAGAAAAUGCCCAAAAUAUCAACAAGCACACUGAAUACAGAUUACAAGUGCAAAGAGGUCCCAGCAAAGAGAUCAAAUGGACGGUGUCUCGGCGGUAUAGGGACUUCGCAGCGCUGCAUUCGGUCCUGCAGCAAGCUAACAUUGACUUGCCAUUGCCACCAAAGAAACUUAUUGGGAACAUGCAACCAUCUUUUAUUGCAGAAAGACAAGUAGCCUUGCAGGAAUACAUAAAUCAAGUACUGAAGCAUCCUAUUCUAGCAUUAUCUUUACCCGUGAGGAGCUUUUUGGAUCCAAAUAAUUAUUUAUUAAAUAUUGCAGAACAAGCUCUUCAAACAAUGUCAAUAGCCCUGCGGGGAGACGGACAGUUUGAGUUGAAGGGGCCUCUGGCUGCUAUUGGUUGGAGAGUGAGAAAGCACUAUUUUUUGGUGACGGACUCGGAGACUAGGACGAAUUGCCUGUUAUCCUGGCAGAACUAUGGGCCUGAUAGGUAUUUAAGUGAUAAGGAUCUGCAAGCAGCUUUUAAGAGUAUAAAGGGUGUAGAUCAUCCACAUAUAGAUAAAAUAUUAGCAAUUCAUAGUUUGGAAUCAGGGGCCUAUGUAGUCCGAAGGAUACACGAGACUGGCAGCCUAAGAGACAUACUAUACGGGACCGAAUACACGCGGAACCAUCUCGCCAAAUAUGGGAACCCUAAAGUGAGAAAGCCGCUGACAGAAGGACAAAUAGCGCAUUAUGGAUAUCAAGUGUUACAAGCGUUGAAGUUUUUACAUGAUAAGGGAUUACCGCACGGUCACCUCCACCCCGGCAACAUAGCGAUAGAAAACCAAAAAGCCCUCCUCAUGGACAUAGAGAACAGCAUCCUCGGUGUGGCCAGCCUACACCGGCCUUACCUUCUAGAAUUAAAAAGAGUCUCGUCAGCGGAAGCGGUAGAUGUGUACUGCUUUGGGCGGACGCUGUACGAGCUAGCCUUUGCUGAACCGUUAGAUAAUAGCUACUACUGUGAUGAUUACUCACAUGGAAUCUCAGCUGAGUUAGAAUCAGUCCUCCAGCUGUGUAUAUCGAGCGUGGCGUGUAAGAACGCGCGCGUGUCCGGAGCCCUGGAGCCGUUACUGCAGCACCCGUUCUUCACUCGAGCCACCUUGAAUGGGGCGCGGCUAGAAGCCCACCACCUCAAGUUUCCGCUGCCGCUCAAGGAAGAGUUGAGACGAGCAGCGGACGCGGUCGAGGCGCGGCUGAAGGCGGAUCAGAAGUUGGUGCGGAGUGCGAAACGUGAAGUGCGUAUACAGGAAAUACUCAAUUCUGAAACGGAACUAAAGAAACAGAAGAAAAGAGCGAGAAAAAGAGACAGUAUGUGGAAGUCGACCUCGUCGCUGGCGGAGACGGUGCGCUCGCAGAGUGCCAGCACGGCCUCCUCGCCCACGCCGCCACACAUUUCGGUCGAAACGAACGGCGCAGACGCGAGCCCUCGGGCCGCGCGCAGCCCGAGCGACGGCCGCGGCGCGCUGCUCAGCGCCAUCUGCGGCUUUGACCGCACCCGCCUCGCGCGCGUCAACUCGCGGUGAACCACU